UAACACCUGGUGCAUCCAUAGAUUUAAUGUCACCACCCGGUCAUUGAUCGCGAGCACCUGUCACAUUCAUUAUUCAUUGUCACAGUCCACUCACUUUGCUGGCGGUUGCUGGUUCACACUGGCACUUGCAGCGUCGUCGAUCCAGAUACAAUCUGCACUUGUUCUUCAAUUGUUGCGGGCGCCGUCGUCCUCAAUAGAAACCUUAUUUGGUAAAAGAGGGCCCCCUUUUGCAAGUAGAAUCUCGUCCUUGUAGCUAGCAGGAGGCUGAAAACCGCGACAAAAAGGCAAGGGCAGUUCCCAACCCAAAGUCCCCUACAUUUCUCGUACCCUUCCCGUUCUCCGAAGGACACUCUCUUCCAAGAUGUGGCACACCAUGAUGAAUGUAAUGAGGGACCCGGUCAAGAACCGGGGUCCGCUCUUCUUGAUCAUUUGGGCUGCUUGGGUGGUGGUUGGAUUCUUCUUUUAUUCCUAUGCUCCGAAGAUGAACCUGGGAUGGCGAAGAGGAUGGUAUAUGGCUAUCAAUAUCGGUUACUCCAUUGGGUUUGGUGAACCUGGAGAGGACUAUGAUCCGUACCUCUGGUUUUCAACCAUCUAUGUGCUGAUUGGUUCCAGUUUCAUUGGUGUGGCUUUGAGUUUCUUUGCUGAUAAAAUUGGAGAAGAUCAUGACAAUUGGUUCACAAACUUGGUCCAGCAGAAGGCCUACGAAGAGAGUAUUCAAAAUAGCAGGGACCCCUGGGUCCUCCUUAAAGCGAUUUAUGUGCAGUAUGAAGCAGUUAUUCGGGCCAUAACUGUCUGGGUUAUUUGGAUUGGAAUCAUGAUUGUGUACUCCCUUUGGGGUCUUGGUUGGUCCUAUGUCCAGGCUCAGUACUUUGCCAUUACAACACUAAGUACUGGAGGUCACUGGGGUUUGCCCAAGUAUGCACCUGAUUGGAUGUGGCCCCUUACUGCUUUUAUGGCAAUGUUGGGUGUUCCAUUAAUGGGUGUGGCAAUGGCACAAUUGGCCACACUCAUGGUUGAUCAAGGUGACAUUGAAGUCACCAAGAAAGAGCUUGUGGAAGAUGUCACGGGUGAAGAGUUGCUCAUGCUGCGCAAGUUUGGACUUGAAAAUGGUGAUGGUGUGAUUGACAGCGCGGAAUACAUCAUUCUUUGUAUGGUCCGCAUGGGACAAGACCCUGCACUGAUUGAAUUCAUCUCGAAUCGAUUCAAGGAGUUGGAUGAUGAUGAUUCUGGAUAUCUGACCAUUGAAGAGAUCACAGGUGGAAAGUACUUUUUGAAAGAUGGACAGAUUGUGUCCAGGGUGGGUGGUGUACUAGGAGUCAAAGGUGUGAAGCAAUUCAGCAUGGCAAAGCUGAACGUGGAACUCAGUGACAGCGAGGAAGAUGACAAAAAGAAGGACCUAGAGGCGUAGACGGAACAGAUUCCCAAUCAGCGUCAAUUUGUUGAGAAUUGCGGACGACAUCAAGUCUCAUCAAUUGACUGAUGUAUUUCCCGGAAAAUUAGGAGUCACUCAAGGUGACAAGAACCGAUCAGAACAGGAGCAUCGGAAGAGUCUUUGCACUUACAUACUGUAUACUUGUAGCAGCACGAUAUCAUUCAUGCCACGAAAUUCUGGGAAGUCCUCGAAAUAGCAAGUGGUCGUUUCUGCAUAUUAAUAGGCACAGCGGUCAUUGAUAUCUUCCGCAGGAGGACUGCGACUUAUGCGCUGGCUACCUCACCCUGCUACGGCUGUACCAGUAAUUGGUGCCUGGUAGCUUGAUUGCUACUAGUAGUUUACAGGUGGUACUAUUAAUAGUAGAGCUUCCUCCCUUAACCAAUUCCUGAAUCUGCUUUAAAUCUUUCGG